AUGAACAUUCUUCUUCCCACCGACUUCUCCGAAAACGCAGACUUAGCCUGCCAAUACGCCUUUGACAUUGCCAAGCGCAGCAAGGGCAAGGUUACCGUAAUCAAUGCCUACGACCUUCCCUACUCCGACCGCAGCAUGACCACCUCCCUGCUGGAGGUGAUGAAGGAAAAUGCGGAGAAGAACAUGGCCGCCUUCCAACGAAAGUUGAAAGAUAAAUACGAUGUGCCUUUUACCACCGAAGUGCGGCUGGGCAACCCCAUUCGCCUGAUUAAGGAGAUGGCCACUGAAGAAAGUAUUGAUUUGGUGGUGAUGGGCACCAAAGGCGCCAGCGGACUGGAAGAAAUACUGAUUGGCUCUAACGCGGCUUCGGUUAUUCAAAAUUCCGAUAAGCCCGUUUUGGUGAUUCCUCCAGAUGCCAAUGGAAAGCCGUUGCAAAAAAUUGUUUUUGCCAGCGAUUUUGACAUGGACAACAUGGAAACUGCCUUUAAAAACCUCAACGCUUUCGCGGAAUUAAACGAGGCAAGCAUUGACGUUUUGCACGUGCAAAAUGACGUAAAAUCCAAGGCCGGAACGCGUGAUGCCAUUCAAGCGGCACUCCAAAACCGCGUAAAGGAAUUUACCAUUUUACAAACCGACAACGUGGAGGAGGCGAUAAUCAAGGAGGCCAAGAAAGAAAAUGCCGAUGUUAUU